AUCUAUGCAUGUAUGUAUGUUCAAGUACAUAAAUAAUAAUUAAGUUAUUAAUUAAUUAAUCAUCAUUCAUCAGUAAGAGGUGGCUAAUAAAUAAAUGGGAAUAAAUCGAUUGGUAAAUCUUCAGUUUUAAUUACUUUUUUAAAUACUCUUAAUUAAUAAAUACCCAACCGAUAUAUAAAAAAUAAUUAAAAAAUUAAAUUCUAAAAAUCAAAAAACUAAAAAAAAAAAUAAUCAAUUAUGACAAUGGAAGGUUUAAAUGAAAUGCCAAUUGAUUGGGAAUUACUUUUGGAAAAAUAAUCUCCUGAAAAUGCUAUGACUAUGUUGAAAGAAGAGCUUGGCCCUAGUAUUUUAGGAAUAAUGGAAAGCAUUAUUUUUUAGCUUGAGCAAAGAAGAUUUUUAGCCUUAAGGUCUACUGUUAUUCGCCUCAUCGAUUAUUUCUCUAACUUCGAAGCAACUCCUUGUGUUAAAAGCUUGAUCCUCAUAAAAGAGGACUUAUUAUAACUUGACUGCUUCGAAGAAUGUACUUUAAAAUGCCUUAUUUCUGGUAUACAGACACUCUUUUUAAACAUGUCUUACUUACUUUACUAUUUACAAGAAGCUUUCUUGGUAUACCCUCAAGAACAAGAAGAAAAUUAUCUUAAUCAAAAAAUGAAGGAAUUUGAUUAAAAGCUACUUGUAGUUUCAAAUCAAGAAAAAAUUUAAUAAUUCUCUCCAAAAAAUUGGAAAGAGUCUUUAAUUUUUUGAAAAAAACCAAAAAAAAAGACUUUGUAACUAAAUUUCAUUAUAAAAAAUACAAAUUUUAAUAAAAGAUUCUUCUAAAAUCAAUUAAUUCUAAAUUUAAAAGCAAAAUUAACUAACCAACUAAAUAACUAACUAACUAACCAAACUCAUUUACAAAAUUAAAUUAUUCAAAUUUUCUAUGUUAUAAACCAUAAUAAAUUAUAAUCACAAAAUUCUAAAACCUUAUCUUACCCUUUUAAAGCAUUUGCAUAUUACAUAUUUUUGAUGUAUUUAUUAAUUUUAAAAUUCCUUAUAAAUUU